GCGCCCGGCCCCUCCCUGGCGCUGCGCGGUGACGUCACGGAGGAGUUGCCAUGGCGGCGCUCAGCGGCCUGGCGUCGGCGCUGGAGUCUUACAGGGGCCGGGACCGCCUGAUCCGAACAGUGGGGUACUGCUGCCAGCUAGUUGGAGGGGUCCUGGUCGAACAAUGUCCGGCCAGGUCAGAAGUGGGGACGCGCCUGUUGGCAUUGUCCUCCCAGCUCAGCCACUGCAGGACCAUCCUUCGACUCUUCGAUGACUUGGCUAUGUUUAUGUACACUAAGCAGUACGGCCUGGGGGCAGAGGAAGACGAUGUCUUUGUCCGCUGUGUAUCUGUCCUGAGCAACUUGGCUGACCAGCUGUACUACCCCUGUGAGCACAUUGCCUGGGCUGCUGACGCCAAGAUCCUCCACGUGGACUCUGCUUGGUGGUGGUCGCUGAGCACGGCCCUCUGGGGCCUGUCCCUGCUCCUGGGGAUUGCCAGGUCCCUGUGGAUGGUCCUGAAGCUGAGAAAGAAGCUGAGGAGCCCCACGGCGGCCUUCACCAGCCAGCUGCCUCAGAGCAAGUGGAGGGCCAUGGAGGCCCAGAUCCAGUCAGAGGUGCUGACUGUCCUGAGUAACCUGGCUGACCUGGCGAACGCUGUGCACUGGCUGCCCCCGGGUGUCCUGUGGGCCGGCCGCUUUCCCCCGUGGCUGGUGGGCCUCCUGGGCACCGUCUCUUCCCUCCUCAGCGUGUACCAGGCCGUCCGGGCUGGCGGCCGGGCCGAUGCCACCACGCCCUGACAUAGCCUGAGGGUGUGUGCAUACCGCUGGGACCCCGAUGGAGGGACCCUUCCCACAGACCAGAAAUCACCCAGGCAGGGGGCUGGGUCUCUCACUGAGCAAAUCAAGGCCAGGGGUGGGGAGAUGCAACCCAGAGAACUCAUGGAGCAGCCUGGGGCGCGAGCCCAUGGUAGAGCGGGGGUGAGGUCCCCUAGGGGCCUUUCCACCCAGGUCCCAGGAUGUGCAUGCAGAGGCCUGCCUCAGUGGAGUCCUGCUUUGUCCCGUCGUAUCCUGUAUUCACAUAAAUCCAGGGGAGCCACAGUUGUUUGUGCCAAGCGGGCCUUAAGAAAGCUGACAAUAAAUUAAAUACAUGGUGCUGGUGCCAGGCCCAGGUGUGGGUCCUUUUUCCUAAAGUCACCGGCUUGCCCCUCCCAUCCCCUGGCCCACUCCCACACCCUCUCUCCAGGCCGGGGUUCCUGUAUCUUAUUUUAUGGAGGGCGUGCAGGUGCCACCUCUGGAUGUGGCAGCCCGUGUGCCUGGGAUGUUUCUUGUGGGAUGGAGCCACAGUGGGAAAGCACCCCCCCCCAGCCCACCUUCUGGAACCUGCUUGGCCGGUGGGUUCUCUCUGGCUGCUGGCACAGCCCGCUGCCCCAGAGCGGCCUUCAGCCAUGGAGGGCAGUUCUUUAUCCCAAAGUCACGGGCACCUGGCCACCAAUGCCUUCCACCAAGCCACGCCGUGUCUUCUCCUGGAAACCACGGGUGCUUGUUGUGGCCAAAACAGCGGACGCUCAGCCAUAGCUUAGGCCAGGGCCGGUGUAAGCAUUUCCUGGGCUGAGCCAGGGCCGGGCUGCGUUUUCAGAAUUGACAGAGGCUGUGUG